AAUGUGAUGUGAUGUAGCUCGUCCUCUUCAGGUUCGGCGGCCAGCCACAAUGCAACAAGGGAUGACCGCGGAGGAAAACGAGAAGGCGACACGGCAGAUCCUCCGGCCCUUCGUCCUCUCGGACGUGGACGACUUCAUGGUGUGGGCUUCCGACGACAAGGUGAGCAAAUUCUGCCGCUGGGACACCUACACUAACAAGGAUGGCCUCCUCAAGUACAUGAAGGAGACGGUGCUGCCCCACCCCUGGUUCCGCGCCAUCUGCGUCGGCGGCCGCCUCGUGGGGGCCAUCUCCGUCAUAUUGGGGUCCGGCAACGAUCGGUGCCGGGGCGAGCUCGGGUACGCGCUGGGGUCCGAGUACUGGGGGAAGGGGAUCGCGACGGCAAAGGUGAGGCUUGUGGUGGGCUCCAUAUUCAUGGAGGUGGAAGGUCUGGAGAGGGUGGAGGCCUUGGUGGACGUGACCAAGGAGGCAUCUCAGAGGGUGUUGGAGAAGGUUGGCUUUCGCAAGGAGGGAGUGCUCCGAAAGUAUACGAGUCUUAAAGGAAGUAGGAGGGAUAUGGUGAUGUAUAGCUUCAUAUCCACGGAACCCUUGGGUGGGUGAUCCAUGGUGGUGACAUUCAAUUUCCUACUAUAUUUUUUGAUGCACGCUUUAAUUUUGUCUAGCUUUGUUUUGGAUAAGAUAACCAAGUUUCCUUUUUUUUUGGUAAAGAAAUCAAUAAGGUUUUGAUGUAUUGGGUGAAAUUUGGCAAGCGACAUUUAACUCGGUCGCUAGCAAUUUUAGGCAAUGUUAUUUAUUACUUCUUUAGGUACCAGGCUUCCUCCG